AGCGAAAAGCGCGCCCGCCGCUGUUGUGCAUGUGCGCUCAUGGUGUGCCGGCGUUUGGAAUCACUCUGGAUUAUCGUCAUCGUGGUGCCCAUGUAAAACCCAAGCUUUGUUCGCGAAAGUAGAUGGCACCGUUAUUGUCUUCUCCCCCCGCGGCCGAGGCGGCGGCUGUUGCGCAGGCUCUGGAGAGCACGGUGAAGCUCGUCGAGCACGCCCUGCAAUCGGACAGCUCAUACCCGCUACUCGUGGACCAGUUCGCUGCUUACGGACCUCUGCCGAGUUGCAGCGGUCUGCAGGAUCUAGACUACCCGGCAGAUCCCUACUGUGUCGCAGCACCGGCGCCUGGUGCUUCGUCGCUGCUGCGAAGGGUGCCGUUGCCCGCUGAACUGGUCGAGCAGGCGGCGCAUGCGCAGAUGCAGUGCCGGCUGGGCCUGUUUCCCGAGAUAGGGCGGGCCUGGCUGGCGGUGGACAGUGACCUGUUUGUGUGGCGUUACGAGACGGGCGACGACCUGGCAUACUUUGACGGGCUGAGCGAGGCCAUCUUGGCCGUGGGCUUGGUGCAUCCUCAGCCAGGAGUGUUCCAGCGCCAAAUCCACUCCCUCCUCUGCCUGGCCACCUGCACUGAGAUUGUCAUUCUUGGUGCAACCCUGCAGGGGGAGGAGCUGCUGCUGUUGCCGGAGCCUGUGUUUACGCUGUCAGCUGAUGGUGCGCCUGCGACGUGCGUCGUGGGCUCAGCAUCGGGGCGGAUCUUCCUGGGGGGCCGUGACGGCUGCCUCUACGAGAUCGUCUACUCUGCUGGCAGCAGCUGGUUUGGGUCGCGCUGCCGCAAGGUGAACCACUCGAGCAGCGCCCUUGCCUACCUGCUGCCCGCUUUCCUCAGCCUGCCCUUUGGCGAGGAGGACCCCAUCGUGCAGGUGGUGGUGGAUGAUGGCCGGAAGGCGCUCUAUACGCGCUCCGAGAGGGGCACCUUGCAGCUGUUUGACCUGGGUGUGCGGGGUGAUCAGGCCAGCAGGGUGAUUUCGCUGCAACUCCACCAGCUGGUCCAGAUGGCUUCACGGGUGGCGCCUACGGUGGACACCGACAACUUUCGUGUCCUGGUACACAUCCAAGUGAUACCGCCUGCUGAGUCUCCACAGGCCCACCUGGUGGUCAUCACUCAAACUGGUGUGCGCCUGUACCUGACGACCAUCUCGCAUGGGGGACCUGAGGCUCGGCCUUCAACCCUGGCGCUGCUGCACGUUCGUCUGCCACCGGGCUUUACCUCACACGCACCUCCACAGCGGGUACGUGCCGUGCGCACCGCACUCUGCCACCGGGGAACUACCGUGCUGGUGGCUGCCCAUAGCGAGGACAAGGACGUCUUCUGGACCCUGGCUGCCGAUGCCUACCCGUUCCAGCCAUGCUUCAUGGAGUCAUCCACGUUUGGACCAGUAGAUGCUGGCGUCUGCUGCCUGGCCAGCGUGAGUUCCCAGCAUGCCCCGCAGCCGCAGUGCACCAUUGGCAUGGCUGGCGGUGCGGUCAUACCCUCCGACCCUCCGGUGGUGGUCACGCAGCACAUGGAAGGACCUCACAAGUUUGUGCUGCUCUCACGCACUAGCUGCAGUGUUUACGAGAAGCCUCGGCCUGUGGACACACUGCGUGGCUUCCUGCAGAACCCUGCCACAUCUGAAGAUGCCGUGCGGGCCUUCUUCUCGCUGCAUGGUGAGGUCCAGGCAAGUGCCAUCUGCCUCGUCCUCGCCUGCAACCCCGCAGACGUGCAGCUGGCUGAGCGGGCCACCCAGGCGUUGUUGCGCUACGGCGGGGAAGCCAAGCUGGUGGAACAGCAGCCGCCCCCGGCCGCGUCGUUCCUCGCUUCCCCGGUGUGGGCCAGCACCCCGCUCCACGGAAGCCAGGGACGGCCACUCAGCAGCUUUGGCUCGCCUCUAGGCAUGCAACCGACUCGGCCACUUGGCUGGAGGCCAACGGGGCCACCGCUGUCGACGCCAAUCGUGCCGCAACAGUCCACCGCCGAGGUGGUGUUCUCUGGCCGUCACGAUGGCUGCUAUGUCUACUUUUCACGUCUUGUGCGGCCACUGUGGACGCUCAACCUGGUUUCACCGGCGAAGGACUGCGGUGCUGGGAACCUGGCCGAUGUGUUUGCUAGCAGCAUUGCGGGGCAAGAUGUGGAAAACUAUCUGCAAGCUAUCAUCUCCUUCAAGCGCUUCCUGGCAAAGCUAGUGGGCUCAUCCACCGAGAGCUCCUUUGCAGAUGUGGUGGCCAUUUCCCGGUCGCGUCUCAACACAGACACCUCGCUGCACCUCCGAGACCAGAUACCCAGGAAAGCGCAGGCUGAGGCCGCAUCUCGUGAGUGGGCCUCCCUGGGCCAGCUGUUGCAGCUGGUGAAGCAUACGGCCGAGCUUCUGGGACUGUGGAAGGUGCUGUGCGACCACCAGUUCCGUGCCGUGUCUGCAGCCUUCCCACCUGACCUCCGCGACCAGCUGCGCAACGCCACCCUCCGCGAGCUGGUGCUGGCCGACCGACAGCUUCCGGCUGGCCUCGCUGCCGCACUGGUGCAGACCUACUUGGAGGACAAUGCAGCAGCAGAAGCUGUGUCCAACCGGCUACGCAGCGUUUGCCCAUCUCUGUACCGCAUUGAGGAUGCGCUCUUCACACGGGCCCACGAGAAGCUGCUGGCCGCGCGAACUGAACGCAAUGCCGAGGAGCGCCGGAGGCUCCUGGACGAGGCACUCGCGCUUUGCAAGCAGGUGGGUCCUCAGCUGCCGCUGGGCACCGCCUGUGGCCUGCUGACCAGCUGCGGUCACCACGCAGGGGUCAUUGACCUCAGCCUCUCAAUAGCCAAGCAACGGGACCCCCAGGGGCUGGCCCUGCACUUCUACCGGCAGGGAGAGCGACCCGAGGACGAGCGUGGCCGGCAAGCGUAUGGCGCACGCAUUGAGUGCUACCAGGCAAUUCGAGACAUGCUGUCCGAGCUACGUGCCACCAGCGAUGGCUGCUCCUACGAGACCCUGCUUGGCCUGGCACUGCGGUCAGAUGACGAGACGUUUCAUGCCUCGCUGUACGACUGGCUUUGUGAGAGUGGUCAGUCUGCACGCCUGCUGGAUGUACGCAGCCCCUUUCUGGAGGCCUACCUACAACGUCGGUGCAACGCGGCCGACCUGCUGUGGAAGUACCAUGAGCGGGUGGGCAACUACGGUGCGGCUGCGCGCAUCCUUGCCAAGCUGGCAGACCGACCGGGUGCCGAUGCAACCCUGGCUAGGCGCCUGGAGUACCUGGCGCGGGCCAUCGUCUGUGUCAAGAGUACCCACUUUCAGGUGACAAAUGCAGCUCACGAAGGGAACUUCUUGCACCAGCUUGAGGAGAAGCUUGAAGUGGCCCGUCUGCAGGCUAAAGUCCGGGAUGCACUGCUACGGAGACCAGACCUGCCGAUGGCAACUGACCUGGCUGCCCGCCUUGAUGCCGAGCUGGUAGAUGUGACGCACCUCUAUGGUGAAUACGCAGAUCCGUAUGAUCUGGCCGAGUGCAAGCUGGCGAUUGUGCGCUCCUCGGGCUACGACAAGCCCUUGCUGGUUGAAAGCCUGUGGCAGAGUAUCCUGGAGCGAGAGUUCCAUGAGAAUGCACGUCCGGACCAGCUGUCUCAGCGACUGGAAUCUUUAGCGCGAGAGUACGCUCCGUCGGAGAAGUUCUUCCCACUAGCCCUCCUGGUCAAGUUCCUGGAACUGCGUGGAAGCCAACAUGGUUUCGAGCCUGGCUGGAUUCUCGGGCCUUUACUUGGUGCCCACGUGUCCAUCUCCAGGCUCAGAGAUGCUUACAAUGACCUCUACCGAGGAAAAGACCCAGCAUUCGCUGAGCGGUCGCUCCAUCUGCUGCGUGCUAUAGCACGUCUGAUUGGACUGUUCCUCGAUGGUCGCCACGUUGAAGGUGUCGAGAGGAGGCGCCUGGCCAACAGGUGCCUCAGUGACAUCCCAGGCUACCUCAUUGACCUGCAGUCAACAGCAGUAGGAGAUGAGGCUGUGGUUAGCCUAAUAGGCACGUUUAAGGAACUCAAAGCUGGCCUGGACAUAUAUGUGGCAAAUUAAUGUGUCUCAUUCCAUCGACAUCUUGUUAUUGGUUUAUAUUUUUUAUGUUCUACUGUAUGUCACAAGUUUCGACAUUUUAUAGCAUUCGCCAGCGGUGCCAUCCGCUGUCAUUGUAAUCACUGUUGCAAGUUGGUGAUGAAAGAGCAUGUGGUCAAUAAAUGUUCAACUUGUUCAGUGGGCCAAUAUCUCGUGACAUUGAAAAUGCAUUAUGCAACAGUACAAGACAUGGCACCAAGUAAAGACAGAAUAUAAAAAUCAUUAAUUUAAGGAAACCUGCGGACGCAGUCUACAAGAUUUAUUAAGGCUCAUUGGUCUGCUAGUCGGUUCUUAUUCAUAGUGAAUGAAUGAGUGAACAGCGUGAAUGAGGACAGUACAUGUGUGUGUUGCCUUCUUGUCUCGUCCUCCUCAAUUCCUGCUGUCAUUCGUUCACUGCAAGCUUUAGCCACAUUGUGCGUGGUUUCACUACUCAAGUUUGCGGAUUUUUGUGAAGCAUAUGGAAUACUCUAAGACCUUGAUAUAAUGAAAUAAAUAUGAAAUUUGGUUGGUUAGGCUUUAUUCCAAUGGUGUAUUCUACUAAUACAGUUACUCCUCAACAUAAUGAAGUCUAUAAAAUUGGCUAUUUGCUUGGGUUGUUGAAAUUUCAUUGUAUUGAAAUUCAGUGUUUUUUGCAAAUAAGUAUGGCUGCCAAUCAAUCUUUUAUGGAAGGGGCCACAAAAUUUUCCAGAUUAUCACGCAAUUGAUGAAAGAAAAUUUGAAUUAGAAAAACAUUCAUUUUGCUGAAUUUUGCGACUCUCCACGGCUACCUCUGCCCACUCUGCAACGUACCAAACACUGGCACACUUCCUCCUGUAAUGCCCGUGACAGGACGGCAGCGAAAUGCAACCGGAAGCGGAUGCAAAAUGAGCGCUAGAAGCAAACCACCUAUUCGAAACGUGGGAGGCUAAGCUCGCCCUCGGGGACCUGGAAGCCCAACGACAACUUGUUGCCAGGGCCAAGAGGGCAGCCAAAGCCAGAGGGUUCCUGGACUAAGGUGCCUUCCCACCUUAGGGUGAUACCGGUCCUUGCUCGGGACACUGUUUCAAAUAAUAAACGUUUCUUUCUAUCUCUCUCUUGCUGAA